AUGUAUCCGCCCUCCGGUAUUCCGCAGUGGCCUCCUCAACGGGCAACAAGCCCUUUCGCUGCUGCGCCUGCUGGAAAUGUCGCCGCCAACUUGAGCGAUGAAUUGGCGACAAAGGUGGCAGAAGUCACCAUAUUGCGUAGCCGGCUGCAAGCAUCCGAGCGCGAGAAUACUCGCUUGGAGAAUGAGCUGGCCUCCGCAAAGGAUUCUGGCCCUUCCAAGCAGUCGCAGCAGCGUCAAGAACUGGAGCGUAUCCAUGGCGAGCUGCAAUAUGCCCGUCAGGACUUAAUUUCUUCGGAGGACGAACGAAAACGCUUGAGACUCACGGUGCAAAAGAUGCAGCAGGAAAUGGAAGAACUUAAGGCACGGGCUGUCGAGGAACCUGCCAAGGACCAGAUUUGCCAUGCCGAGUCGAAGCCUGCACCGCAGCCACAGCCCCGGCUGGAGUCGGGAGGGGAGGAGCAGGAACCAAGGAACCGCUCCAUACGAGAACAUCGCAGCUGCGACGAGCCCAUGAAUGAGGACAUGAGCAAGCAAUAUGUCGGGAUUCUCGUUGGCCUUGCUGAGCGUUUCGGCAGUUGUGAGAGGCAGCGCCUCGCGUUGCAAGCCGCAGUCACGAGCUUUCCCCAAGCUCCCCAAUCUGUACACGAGGCAUCUUGUGCAGCAGCGGCAUUGUUGCGUGGCGGGCUCGAUAAUUUCCAGUGGGCUUCUCUGAGUGCCGGAGCGACUUUCUUGAAGCACUGGUUCGGACUCUUCCCUCUACACCUGCCAGAAAUCGCCGAGAGAAUCGUCAAAGGCAGCAACGCGACAAACUCCCUCUUUUCUGCCAUGGCUGCAGUGCUCCAUUCAGCCGUUGUUGACUCGACAAACUCUGAUGAAGAGGAGGCCUUGUUGCGGGAAGGUUGCGCACGCGAAUUUCUUGUGGCUCUGUUGGAGGCUGCCAGCAAACUCCCUAGCACCUUGUUUGCAGUGCUGUCACCAGUGCUGGAGAAGCCUUCGCUUUUCGCCUUGAUCUGCGAGGAUCCAGCACCUGACAGCCUUCAUUUGCCCAGCUUGCGGCUACUGGAAGUGUUGAUGGCAAGCCCGAGUCUGUUUACUCUCGCCCAUCAGGCAGAAACGGACGAGAACGUCCUCCUAGCAGUGGCCAACGUCUUGAUGAUUCCAUCAGUGAAGACUGCAGAGUCUGCAGAGUCGGCAGAGGACAGCUUGGAGCGCCAAGAGUGCAGGGUAGCGAGCCUGGAACUGCUGCUGCGCUGCCUGGCAACGGCACCGAGCCCGGACUUCAUCUUGCAGCUGCGGGGGGCGGCACAAGGUGAGGAAGUGGACGAAGUGGACACGGUCUUGCAGCGUGUGGUACUCCUCUGCCACCAUGAGCUGCUCUGCCUGCGCCUGGGAGCCCGGGCGCCAGCGCCACAGCGCAAGAAAGCGGCUGAGCUGUCCCUCUUCAUCCUCUCUGGAUGGCUCUGGCAUGCGUUUGGACCUGCACUGAGCUCUCAAGAGCAGACGGGUGAGCUGUCACUGAAGCUGUGCAAUCAACUGGGGAGAACAAGAAUACUUAUUGAAUCCAUCGUCGAGAUGGUCCAGGUGCUGAGUUCUCAGACGUGCUUCAAGGCAUUUCUCAGCAGUGUCUCGGCUUUGCGGAUGCUUCUCCCUUUCACGGAUGGCGACCGUCAAGCCUCUGGUGAGAUCUCCAGGUACUGGCCGAACGCCCCUCGGCCGAAGCCCAAUGACCUGCCGGACCCAGCGCGGCCACCUGAGGUGCCGCCAGGCCCUGCCACGCCAGUGAGGGCGAAGGCGCGAGCGCUGGCGCCGCAAGGUGCGCAAGAAGCAGAGGAGACUUUGCACGUCUCCAGCGAAGAGCAGGAAGUCUUAGCACGCUUCGCUCGGAGCGAAGAACUGAAAGCCCUGCGCAGACAUCUCCGCCAGGACAUGAAGGCUCUGGAGAACUUCUUGGAGGAGAUGCAAACGAAGGAUCCGCUGCUGAUGAGGAUCAUCGCCACCAACAAGCAGGCGUUCAUGAAAAUGGCUCUCAGUGGUCUUGCUGAAGAGGCACGGGCGGAGACAAAGCUGGAAAAGAAGGAGACUUCACAAUCGGAAGCCUCCGAAAUUCGAGCUGUCGUCAAGCAGAAGGAGGCGAAGAAGCAGCUGCGAGUAGGGAUCAACUUCCUGCGUCAUCUGAGCUUUCACCGGACAUGCUUGGUUGCUCAGACACAGCGCGCCCUUCUGCCAACCACGUCUAGCUCCCACACGCUGGCAGCGCCCUUGGAUGCGACGGUUGGGUCUGUGGCGGGAAGCCUGCCAUCGGGUCUGCUGCAGAUGGGCUUUUGGUAUCGAGCUGCUUCGGUUUCGUGGUGGGUGGAUGUCUGCGCUUUCGAAGGCUGGCGGAUGCUGCAGCUUUACGACACGCUGCUCCGCAGAGGAGUUGCCGGCUUCCAUCUUCCAAGGGGGAUGGCAGGUACUUGUAGCCCUCCAGCUAGCCGCCUUCCGACCAUGGACUCGGAGUUUGUGAAGUGUACAGAGCUGCAGAGCGCGGACGGCCAGCCCUUCAGCGACCUUGGAACGACGGCACAGCAGACCAUCAUCGAUGCAUUGUCCUUCCCGAUGAUUGCCAUCGAGGGCUGCAGACUGGCCGGCCAGAGCUGGGAAAGCCUCCGUCAUCUCAAGGUGCACGUGCUGGGAGCCUACGGGUCCACCCUCGCCGACCUUUACAAGUACGAGGAGUGGCUGCGGCGUGGAUGGAACCUCAAGUCCAUGGAGAUCCAUUUCAUCGGGCCUGAGGUGCAAAUCCCCAGCAGCGACAGCGACGUGGUAACGGCUUCGGUGAAGCUGGAUCUCUGCGACAGUCUCACGGCCCAAGAUCGUACAGCCACAUGCUUCUUUCACCGGUGUUCCAUCCUUGAAUUCAUCGAAGAGGAAGUGGCAUCUGGGGCCUCCCCACCAACAUUUCGACUGGCAUAUAGUCCAUCGCUGCAUCGUCUACCCCUUGGAGACGCAUCGGACCAGUGGGGCAAGGCCCUGCAGAGGCUCGCCGACUUAGAUGACACACUCCUGGUCGUCAGCGAAAAGAAUACCGGAGAGAUCGCCGCGGAUCGCGAUCGCUUGCGAGAGUGCGGCUUUCGCGCCGUGGUGAAACCGCGAAUGUCAAACUUCCCAAGCCCGCUGGCACUUUACGACGACAUGAGCACGCCAGAGGAGAACCCUCUGGGGUUGAACAUCUGGAACAUGUCCCUGGCAGUCUUCAAGGCUUGCAAACCGGGAGACCCCGACACAGAUGCGGGCGAGGACGGCAGCGACAGCGAGGCCGAGGAGGAAUCCGCUGACUCGGAUGAGGACCAAAAAGAGUCGAAGGAUGCCCUGCGGAAGUUGACAGAGCAAGCUGAGGCACCGUCAAUCGACGACUUCUCGGUUGGUGACCGUGUGCUGGUGAGAAAGUUCGUGAAAGGAACAGUCACAGGACUGCGAUGUAAUGGCUUUCCGCAUGGCGUGCAGGUGCAGCACUCUGAUGGCUCCAGGAAGCACUAUUUGCCAGAAGAGCCCAUCACUCGGUCGGGUGUGGCGGCGACCACGGUGGGCUCCACUGCUUCUAACAUUGAUUGGCAGGAUGCAAGGUAUGACCUUUGCCUAGACAAAGCUGGCCCGUGGAGCUGCGACGGGAAAUCCAUGGAGGACAUGCCUCACACAGACAGCGCAAAUCCGGAGUCCUUCGUCGUCUCGCUUUCAGUCCGUUGCGACGGAGGCCAGGGCUUUCGAUCGCCAGUCACCAGCCGCGACACCACCCCUCCGUCGGGUUACAUCUUCUACGUCGAUGGAGAGGACAGAUGGGCCUUCUGGGUCGGCGAUGGUCUGUACUGGAGUGGUGUGCAAGGCCCUCCGGUGGCUCAUGGCCGCUGGACGUCACUUCUGGGUGCAUACGAUGCAGGCACGAAAUCUGUCAGUCUCUAUGUUGACGGCGAGCACGUCGGUGUCCGACAUGGGGUCACCUUCGUGGCAAACAAGAAGUGCCCGCUAAGGAUUGGUGCGGGCCGGUCUGAGAGUGAGACGGCAAGAUACUUUUUCGAAGGCGCCGUUCGGGAUCUCAAGGUUUAUGCAAUCCGGGCUCAAGAUGAGUCUCAAGAAGCCUAG